AAUUCUUUCAGAGCUUUUUCUACUCGUCAGAACAAGCAGAGGCACAACGUCAGCAGAGAGGUCAGACACAGGCAUCAAGUGAGAGCGGCAACGUUUUGUGAUACACAGAGCGGAGGGAGAGAGACAUCUGACACACAAGGAGGGAGGGGGACUCAGCAAACACUCAGGCAACCAUGGAGGCAUUCAACUCCAAGGAUUUGGCCAUGAAGGCACAGAAGAAGAUCUUCAGCAGCAUGGCCAACAAAAGCACCGUCCAAAGAUUUAUUGACGAUACCACUAGUGAAAUACUGGAUGAGCUGUACCGGGUUUCCAAGGAGUACACAGGAAAUAAAGGAGUAGCUCAGAAAGUCAUUAAAAACCUGAUCAAGAUCGCUGUCAAGAUUGGUGUGCUGUUUAGAAACAACUGUUUCAGUGAGGAGGAACUAAAACUAGCCCAGGAAUUUAAGAAGAAGCUCCAUACCGGAGCCAUGACAGCCAUCAGCUUCUAUGAGGUGGACUUUACCUUUGAUAAGACUGUGAUGUCGGACAACCUGACAGAGUGUAAGGAUCUUCUGCUGAAGCUUGUCAACUCCCACCUCACCUCAAAAUCUCAUGAUCGCAUCAGCCACGUCUUCAACCAUUACUCCGACCCUCAGCUCCUGACCAAACUAUAUGACCCAAGCGGACCCUUCAGACCCCACCUCACUAAAAUCUGUUUAGGACUCAACAAACUGGUAGAGGAUGGGACGAUAUGACGUGUGAGGAACAUGCUUGCAUCACACAAUGGGAGAUAAACAGGAAACACACACUUAAAGACUCUGAACUGGUGGACAAAAUUUCUCUUUUGCUGAAUUGCUGAGGAAAGGCAACUUAAUACAUCUGGUUUGAAAACAAAUCUGGCUCCCCUUAGCUUUCAGAGAACAUAUCUGAUGAAGUCAAAAGUCAGGAAAAUGAUAUCUCAAUUGUACAAUGUAGAGGGGGCACACACAUCCUGUGUAAGUAAAGUACAUAAAAAAUAACUUGAACUUCAACAGAUUUAAACUGUUAUCAGUGGUCCAAAAUAUUGUUGUUUUAUAUUUGAUACUGUAUUUUUUUUUUUUUUACUGAGACCUAACGGCUGUGUACAAUUGUGUAAGAAAAAUGAAACAGCAGUUCCAGAGUCUUACCAAAAUGGACAGAGAUGCCACUGUGCUGCAACACCGCCAUCUGGUGAUUAACCUGUGAUUCUACAGAAACAAUGCACUGCUUACUGAAAUAUGGAGAUGGACAUACAAGUAAUAAAAAAGGGAAAUAACCACAUAAUUACAGGAACAGUUAUUCUUAUUGCUGCCAAUGACUGCACAAACAUUUGAUAAAACUGGAAAAUUGACAAUGGGAAAGUAUUCACACCUACUGACUUUUUUCACCUUACAUCAUGUUACAACAACAAUCUUUGGUAUAUUGUUAUGAAGUCUUUGGUUAUAGACACACACAAAGUUGUAUUCAGUGAUUAAGUGAAUGAUUUGGUUUCAAAAUGUUUCAACAAAUGAAAAGUAUGCCAUACAUUUGUAUGCAGGACCCUUGACUCAAUGCUUUUUAUAAAAAAAUCUUUGCUGCAGAAAAAAUAUAUUUUUUCUUCCACAGCAUUUCUGUAUAGCUAGAUCCUGCUUUCCAUCAACUCCGAUUUACGUCAGAGAAGAACAUCCCCUUAGAAUGAUACUGCCACACAUACAUAUUCGCCUUAACCAGAUGGUCAGUUAAGGGCUAUUGCAAUAUCUCUGUAGGAUUGCCUUUGUGUCAUAUUCUUUUAAUUUUUAAUUGAUAUUUUGAAGAGUGAGAUAUGCAAACCCUGUGAUAUUGUUUUAUUGCCAAAUCCUUAUUGAAAGCUUGUGAACUACUUUGUGUUGGCCUAUAACCUAAAAUCAUGAUUAAAAAAAAUGACGUUUGCAUUUGAAACAUGAAACAAAGUGAAAAAGUCCAAGAUGUAUUUAUACUUUUGUAAGGAACUGUCUCUUCUGGCUAUGUGAAGUUUUUCAUUUUUGUAAUAGGGUGAAAUUUCACAGAAGCACCAAAACUGUAAAUGUUCCAGCAAUGCAGGAACAAAUAUUAGUUUAUUAAUCGUUGAAUCACAUAAAAUAACAAAAUGAAAAACAAAUAAACAAACAAAUAAUAAAAGAUGCUGUCAAAAAUA